CCGGGCGCCGUCUAUGCGGGCUACCCGCCGCCGCCGCUCGCCGCGCCCCCACCGGUGUACUACCCCGCCGCGUCGCCAGGCCCUUGCCGAGUCUUCAGCCUGGUUCCUGAGCGGCCGCUCAGCCCAGAGUUGGGUCCCGCGCCAUCGGGGCCCGGGGGCUCCUGUGCCUUUGCCUCGGCCGGCGCCCCUGCCACUACCACCAGCUACCAGCCCGCCGGCUGCGCAGGAGCCCGGCCCGCCAACCCCCCGGCCUACGCGGCCGCCUACGCGAGCCCCGACGGUGCGUACCCGCAGGGGGCCGGCAGCGCGCUCUUUGCCGCGGCUGGCCGCCUGGCGGGACCAGCUUCGUCCCCUGUGAGUGGCAACAGUGGCGGCGUCGAGACCGCAGUGGACUUCUACGGGCGCACAUCACCUGGCCAGUUCGCAGCGCUGGGGCCCUGCUACAAUCCUGGGGGACAGCUUGGAGGGGGCAGUGGAGGCGCCUACCAUGCUCGCCAUGCCGCUGCCUAUACCGGCGGGGUGGAUAGGUUCGUGUCCGCCAUAUGA